AUGGAGAACCACCCCAGCCGCUGGAACGCGCCUGGCACUAAAGCCUUCAUCCCGGGCGUGCCUCACUUGAUCCCUUGCGGCAUUGAUAAAGAGUGCAUGGAGGCGCUACUAGUUCGCGUUCGCAUCGAAGAGCUCACGCACUCGAUCAACACUGGUCAGCUCGGGCUUGACGAUCCCACCAUAAGGCGGUCGCCUUCUCCCCCGCCGAAGUACGAUUCGCAGGGAAAGCGUACCAACACGCGCGAGCAGCGCACCAAGGAGAAGCUCACUCUCGAACGUCAGAGCCUCAUCCAAAUCGCUACCAAGCUCAAUCCCGCCUUCAAGCCUCCUUCGGACUACAGACCUAUCAACGUGAAGAAGACGCGCAAGAUUCGCGUGCCGAUCGAUAAGUAUCCCGACUACAACUUCAUCGGUCUCAUCAUCGGCCCGCGUGGCGACACCCACAAGCAGCUCGAGAAGAAGAGCGGAGCCAAGAUCUCCAUUCGUGGCAAGGGUUCGCAAAAGGAGGGCCAGGCCGGCAAGAAGUUUACCGGCGAUGAGGAAGAAGACCUUCACGUGCUCAUCACUGGUGACACUGACAAGCAGCUCGAUAUCGCCGCCGACAUGGUGGAGAAGCUGCUCGUGCCGAUCGCCGACGAGAUCAACGAGCACAAGCAGCUCCAGCUGCGCAGCUUGGCCGCCUACAAUGGUACCCUGCGCGAUGAGAACUACGGCCGCGGCGGCCGACGGUUCGGCGACCAGGAGGACCGUGGCAUCGUGUGCGGCUUCUGCGGCGAGCCCUCUCAUCCGACCUCCGACUGUCCCAUGCGCAACCAACCGGGCGCGAAGAGCAAGAUGGACAGGGAGUACGAAUCAUUCCUCAAUGAAAUCGGCGGCGGCGGCGGCGGUGGCUUCCCCAUGGGUGGAAGCAGCGACGGCGGCGCCAAGUCUUCGGCCGACGACGAAUACGCCAACUUCAUGGCCUCCAUCGGAGAGACCCCGACCUCGCCGCAGGCCGAUGCUGCGAGCGCGCCGGCUCCGUGGGCCAAGCCGCGCGGUGCGCCCAUGGCGCCGCCGGCGGGGGGCGCCGGGGGCGGUCACUAUGGUCCCGGCGGCCCCAUGCGCGGUCACGGCGGUGCCUCGCCCAUGCCCCCCGUCAUGGGUGGUCGCGGUGGCUACCCGCCCGUUGGCGGUUAUCCCCAGCAAGGUUACCCGCCUUACGGUGGUGCGCCGGGAAUGGGCGCGCCGGGCUACCCGCCUUACGGCGGUGCUCCGGGUAUGGCCAGCCCCUACGGCCAGCAGCCACCCUACGGCAUGCAAGGCAUGUGCCUCCCCUCUCCAACGCCGUGCUUGGGAAUGUGGUCGGCUGCCGGCCCCGUACGGACCUCCCGGCAUGGCGGCGAUGCCUGGCAUGGGCGGCUACGGUGCGCCUGGCGCCGAUGGCAGCACGAGCGACAGCGGCAGUGCUGCCCCGCCUCCGUGGCAGAAGCAGUAAUGGUCGCGCGUUGGCACCCCCCACUGGUAUACCAUCACCACGCUCCCCCACGCGCUGCGCCACUACGUGCAGUCCUUCGUUUCGUGGUCGUGGUCGUGUCCGUCGUUGUUUGUGACGAAGAUUACGGAGUGGAGGUGGAAGGGUGGACAGAAGAGAGAGAGAGGGAGAGGGAAGGACAACUAACAUGUAACCGCUAA